AUGGAGAGGCUCGAGGACAUCUUGUCAAAGAAGGAGGCAUGCGUGAAGCGCUCAGACCUCAAGGAGGAGAAAAAUGCGGAGAGGUUCAAAUUGUUGAUGGAGGCGACAGACAAAAAGUUCAAGCUCGAAGAGAGGAGGACCAUGAUCAAAGAGAGGAAAGCCGCGCUCAAGGAAAAGAAAAUGAUCAUGCAAUCUGUCUGCUACCAGAUGUUGCAGUGGCAGAAAAAUGAGUUGAUAGCGGCGGACAAUGAGGCGGAGGUGGACGCGGACGCGGAGGAGAAUGUUGAUAGUGUGCACAAUGAUGGCGUGGAUGCAGUGAAGGAGGAUGUUGGUUCGGAGAAGAAGGGCUCCUUGAAUGAUGACAGGAAGGAGGAUGUUGAUAGUAGAAUGAAUGAGGCCGCAUUAAGUGAUGGGGAUGGAGCAAAGGACGGUGUUGAUACAGGGAAGAUUGGCCCUCCAAGUAAUAACAAUGAUGGAGAGGUUCAUGUGCAAGGGAGUGGUGCAGGAACUGCUGAAAAGGAAGGUGCUAUUGGCACUAAACAGGAGCAUCCUAAGAGUGCAGAUGAUAUGAGGGGCACUUGUAAUGUCAGACUAGAAAACAAUUCAUCAAAGGAAGAAGCUGCUACAGAGAAUAAGGAGGAGCAUACUGACGGUGUUGUUGACUCUCGAGAUGAUAUUGGUAACUUGGGAAACAAUUUAAUGGACUCAUCAAAGGUGUACUCGUGCACUCAUGACAUCUGGACAUCGCGAUAG